AUGCGCCGCUGGCGAGCGCGAGGUAUCGCGCGCGUCAUCCUCGUCGCUCUGUGCGUGGUGAACGCCGUCGCCGCGCACGACGACGACGCGCACGAAUCGAAUCAAGGUGACGUGCACGAACAUGAAAAUAACAACGAAUCACGCUGGACGCUCGCGACGCUCACGGACGUGCGCUGGCGAACGCGCAGCAAUUCACUCGAGGUAAACUUCACGUUAUCGACGCCGUGGGGGACGCACGCGAUCGCGCUCAGGCGUCUGGACGAUUUGGUCGGGCGCGCGAGCGCGGCGAGACGCCAGGUGGCGCCGAGCGGCGGGCGAAGACGCGCGUUGUCCUCGAGCGCGACGCACACGGAGACCAUCUCAGGAUCGACGUUUGAGGUCGUACCGCUUCGAGAUGCGCGCGGACGCGGGGUCGGGGGGUGUCAGUACGCCGGGGUGGCGAUGCGAACGGAGGACGGGACGCGGCGCUCUGCGGCGGCGGCGCUCUGCGAGCGGUACGUCAAGGGACAGAUUCGUGGGACGAACGCGACGAUCGCGUUCGAGGCCGUGAGCGAUGACGCGGCGAACGCGUACUUGGCGACGCGCACGAUGCCGAGCGGGCUCGAUCCGUUGGCGUACGUUGUGUUCAACGUGAGCUCAAUCUCCAACCGUGGUCACGGCGUCAUCGACCACGGCGCCGUGGUCAAGGGGUACGACUCGGUGAAGUGGUUGAACGCCGACGGGGCUGAGGUAGACGCGAAGACGGCCGAGACAGUUGCGUUAGAGGUAAAGGCGAACACCACAAACGGCGGACGAAGAAGACUUUUGUCGAGCUCGUCGCAACGCGUCAUCGAAAUGGUCGUCGUGAAUGAUAAGAAGCGGUGCGACCAAUUUAACGGUGACAUGGACGCGCUCGAGGCAGACACGCUCUUCGUCGUGAAUGUCGUGAACUCCAUGUACACGACUGCGCCAUUUAAUCCGCCCAUCAAGGUUCAGCUCAAGGAGAUCGUGUCGUUUGACCAGGCAAAUCCGUACGCGGCGGCAUCCAUUCGUGGCAGCUCAGAGGUGGAUUCGGGCGUACUCAUCGAGAGGUUCAACGCUUGGAUCGAGUCCGCCGAUGAUACUCUCGAGAAGCAUGACGUUGUUCAUUUAUUUUCUGGCGAGGACUUUGCCUCCGUUUAUUCAGGAUUCGUCUCUUCAGGAACGAUCGGCUUAGCGUGGCAGUAUACCUUUUUGGAUUCCAGCGGCGUGUGCGAGCAGAAAAAGUAUUGUUCAUCAACGCCUGAGGGAUAUUGUUCAACCCAGAGCAAUGGUGACAAUCACUGUUGCCUGAGUGGCUUCUCGGGCUCGAUCUCACAGGUGUAUCGAUCGCGAUCUCAGGCUGACGCCAUCACAGUUGCACACGAAGUGGGCCAUCAGCUUGGGUUCAGUCACGACCAGGUUGAUUCCGACGGAUGUGCCGAAUACGGGGAUAUCAUGGCGGCAUCAGCGACAUACGAGCUCGAGGUCGACUGGAGCUCGUGCACGAUGAGUGAGUACAACGCGAAGAUCGGAGACAUUUAUCACGAGUGUCUUCUGUUGAGCGCCACAGAAAGCACUUCGGUGUGCGGUAACGGCAUCGUCGAGCCCGGAGAAGCGUGUGACUGUCCUGAUAGAAAUUGCACGUGCUACGAUCACUGUUGCGACGGUUACACGUGCCAACUACGAACGAACGCCACGUGCUCCGCGACUGAAAGUUGUUGCGAUGAGGCUACGUGUGCGCCUCGCGGGGCGGGGUAUGUUUGCCGCUCCGCAGUCGGUCCGUGCGAUGUGACGGAGACGUGCGACGGUACGGCCGGGUCUUGCCCGGCAGACGUCAAUGAACCGUACGGAAAGACAUGUGUGGACGCGAACGGUGAUGUGGGUGCGUGUUGGUCGAACCAGUGUCGGAACAGGGACUUCAACUGCCAGCGCGUCGAUCCCGACUUUCAUGGUGGAAAGCCCGCCAGUUCGAACUGCAGCUUUUCAGCGGCGCAAACCGCGAGCCAGUCAGACGCGUGCUUGACGACUUCUUCAAAAGAGUAUUAUUGCUUCAGCGGUGACGAUUCGUGCAACGUUUUUUCAUACUCUUUGCCAUAUCUGGACGCUCCUCUCGGCUUUCCGUGCGAUGCCGCGGUUUCUGGCAUGCAUGCGAAUGUGUGCGACGGACUUGGUUCUUGCGUUGCACUCAGCUCGGUGAUGCCGAACUACGUAGCGCCACUACCGGCACUCGCGGGUCAGCGCGCGCGUGAUUGCGCGACGAACGUGGCACCUCCCGGGUGGACUUUUCCGCCCCCGUCGCCGUCCCCGCCGCCGCCGUCCCCGCCGCCGCCGCCGCGGACGACUAUCGUAGCCACGUCGGGAACGCGCUCGCCAAGCGUGCAAACGCUCGCACUCGCGCUGACUCUCUAUAUCAUGAUUUCCAUGUUGUAA